UCUUUCAGACCAUGGCUUUGGCACUUCUUUUCGUCCUGACGUUCCUGGGUUUUGGCCCGCAGAAGGUCGGCGAUGAAUUAGAUGCAGAUACAAAGGAGCGCAUGCGGCAGCACAUGGAGAUGCUGCAGGAGCACAUGACGCUGUUCCUGUUGGAAAUUGAGAAGAUGGAGCGGGAGCGCCCCUGGCACAGCAGCAUACAAACCGUGCUCUUAUCUGUGUUGCUGCGCUGGCAGUUCUGGUUCUGCAUUGGCAUUCUUGUCUUUUCCUUUUGGUACCUGUGGCGGGUUCUUAAAAGCAUCCAAGAGCCUGACAGUAGUAGUGAUGAGGAAAGCUCUAGCAGUGACAGCUCCAGUAGUGAUGAUGACGACCAAGGAAGAGCACUACCAAACCCCAAUGAUGCAAACGAUCUGGCUGAUUAUGUAGCUCAGCGCAUCUACUGGCCACUUCCAAAUCCAACCAUCAUACGCCAUCAGGUGUUAGACGUGGUAGAAGGCCUCCUGGAUAUUUACGGCUCGGUCAUUCAAAAGACUUUCUUUCCGGAGCUGCAGUCAGCCAUCGGGGUGGGCAGUGCCUUUGAAGGUUGGAGUCCCCAUGAGGAAAACAUUGUCUACUGCUUACUUAUUCCCAUGACGGCCCCCCGUGGGCACUCCUUCCACACAGAGCUGGGCAAUGAAGGCGAUCUGCUGGCAAGGAACUCCUCUAUCCGUGUCGAGCUGGAGUGCACGUGUGAGAUAAAGCAGGCCUCUGAGGACAUGCUGUGCUUCCUCCACCAUUCUGAAGAGGAACUGGAAAAGCAGAAGCGGAGCCUCCUAGACACCCUCUGCACCGACUCCUACCUAGAUGCGGAGAAGACUGCAAAGUGGUUCCAGAAUUUCGUGAAAUCAGCCUGGGUGCUUACGCCUCAGUCGCAGGUUUACAAUGUAAAAGUGCUACCUUCCACCCGCUCCUGCAAGUUCCAGAUGACAAGUGCUACCAAGAGAAACAUCACCAUUGAGAUAAUAUUUGGGGUUCAGCAAGGCGAUUCAGACAUCUUCUUGAGCAGCCAGAGGACGGAGGCCAUCUUGACCCCCAGCACAACAUGGCCACAGAGCUGUGCUGUUGCAGAAAUGAAGUUCAUCCAGCACAUGACCACCGAAGCCUGGUUCCACACCUUACACCUCAAGUGCAUGCAGGUCUUCGCCCGUAUGCUGGUGGGCACAAGCAUUUCCACUUAUUUCAUCAAGACUGUUAUCAUGCACCUCCUGACCAUCAUCCCCUUGGAAAUGUGGCACAGGGAUGAUUUUCUUCUGCGGCUGGAUGAUAUCGUUCGGUACCUGCAAUGCUGCCUGGAAGAGAAACGCCUCAACCACUUCUUCUUUGGCAAUGAGAUGAUACCCGAUGUGAUUGUCCUGCCACCAGCCUUCCAAUUUUCUGGACCAGUCAACCUUUUUGAAUGCCUGGAGGAGGACACAUAUGCUUACACCCGCAUGCUGGAAGAGCUUCAGGAGCUGCACUGUCGGCUCACAAGACUGAUGAUCUUUGGACAAUAA